GGGGGUGGAGGGCGCGAAGGAGCCACGAGUGGGGAGACCAACGGCGAGAUGAGCCCCGUGGAGCUCCUGCACUUCCAGCAGCAGCAGGCUCUCCAGGUGGCACGCCAGUUCCUGCUGCAGCAGGCCACGGGGCUGAGCUCCCCCAGCAGCAAUGAGGGCAAGCAGCCGGCGGUGCAGGUCCCCGUGUCUGUGGCCAUGAUGUCCCCGCAGAUGAUCACGCCGCAGCAGAUGCAGCAGAUCCUCUCGCCGCCCCAGCUCCAGGCCCUCCUGCAGCAGCAGCAGGCGAUAAUGCUGCAACAGUUGCAGGAAUACUACAAGAAGCAACAGGAGCAGCUUCACCUGCAGCUAUUGACACAGCAGCAAGCCGGAAAGCAGCAACCCAAAGAGCAGCCGUUGGGGAACAAGCAGCUGGCCUUCCAGCAGCAGCUCUUGCAGAUGCAGCAGCUCCAGCAGCAGCACCUGUUAAACCUGCAGCGCCAGGGGCUGGUGAGCCUCCCGCCGGGGCAGGGCACCGUGCCCCUCCAGACCCUGCCCCAAGCUGUGUGCCCCUCGGACCUCCAGCAGCUUUGGAAGGAGGUCACGGCUGCCCAGCCCGUCGAGGACAGCAUUAAGCAAGAAGGUCUCGACCUCACCACCAACACCUCCAACUCUACCUCGUUUUCCGCCGCCAAGGUCUCGCCUCCCAUUUCCCAUCACCCUCUGCCCAAUGGACAGAGCACCAUGCACACGCCGAGAAGGGACAGCUCUUCUCAUGAAGAGACCCCCGGCUCCCACCCGCUCUACGGCCACGGAGAGUGCAAGUGGCCAGGCUGCGAAACCCUCUGUGAGGACUUGGGACAGUUUGUCAAACACCUCAAUACAGAACAUGCACUUGAUGACCGAAGCACAGCCCAGUGUCGAGUCCAGAUGCAAGUGGUACAGCAGCUGGAAAUACAGCUGGCAAAGGAGAGCGAGCGUCUCCAAGCAAUGAUGGCCCAUCUCCACAUGAGACCUUCAGAGCCAAAGCCUUUCAGCCAACCUCUGAACCUGGUCUCCAGUGCCACCCUCUCCAAGAGCACUUCCGACACGUUCCCCGACGGCUUACCUCAUCCCCCCACCUCCGCCACGGCGCCCAUCACCCCCCUGCGGCAGGGCCCCUCCGUCAUCAGCUCUUCCACUUUACACAACGUGGGGCCCAUCCGCAGGAGAAACUCGGAGAAGUUCUGCACCCCAAUAUCUUCAGAACUUGCACAGAAUCACGAGUUUUACAAAAACGCGGACGUCCGGCCGCCCUUCACGUACGCCUCGCUCAUCCGGCAGGCCAUCCUGGAGACCCCCGACAGGCAGCUAACGUUGAACGAAAUCUAUAACUGGUUCACGCGGAUGUUUGCCUACUUCCGGAGGAACACGGCCACCUGGAAGAACGCCGUCCGCCACAACCUGAGCCUGCACAAGUGCUUCGUGCGCGUGGAGAACGUCAAGGGAGCCGUCUGGACCGUCGACGAGCACGAGUACCAAAAGCGAAGGCCACCAAAGAUGACAGGGAGUCCGACUUUAGUCAAAAACAUGAUUUCAGGACUCGGUUAUGGAGCACUUAACGCAAGUUACCAGGCUGCGCUGGCAGAGAGCAGCUUUCCGCUGCUGAACAGCCCCACCAUGAUCAACACCAGCUCCGCCAGCGGGAUGCUGCACGUGGGCCACGACGACGUGAGCAGCACCGUGGAGCAGGUCAACAGCAACGGCAGCAACAGCCCGCGCCUGUCCCCGCAGCAGUACAGCCAUCCAGUGCACGUGAAGGAGGAACCAGCUGAAGCGGAGGACGACAGCAGACCCGUCUCGCUGAUGGCCACCACCAACCAGAAUGUGACGAUUCCCGAUGACAGGGACCUGGAGGAGGAGCUGCCGGUGGAAGACUUGUCCUAAGGACACCUUCCUCCUCCCCACCGAGGGGCAAACCCUUCCCACCCUCCCGGCUGGAGACCAAGCGAUGGGCUCCCACCUCCCCAAGGUGACCUUCGGCGUUAACCUCUUUCUUAAAGGCACUUCCACAAAGCAAAAGGGUUUCCUUGGUGCAACAACUUGCUGACGGCGCGUCCCUCACGCUCCCCACUGCCCCGCGCUGCAGCCCCGGUGACUGACCGACCUCUGCCGUGGGGGACAUCCCGCGACACGAGAAGCAAAAAACCCAAGAGCUGGACUUUUUUCUCCCUUCCUCCCUUGGUUAGUGACUGGUGAACGAGGAUGGUAGGUUGUUUCUGUCCGAAAUGGUCCCUCCUGCCUUCCCCGUGCGCGGUGGGCACAGGGAAGGCACCUCCGUCCCCUCUUCUCCUGCGGUGAAGGAUGCUCGAGCCUCCGCCAGCGACCGCCGUGGGGAAGGGAGGCAAUGCCAGGAACCCGCUGUCAGCUCUCCGUCCCCCAGCGGGUUUUGCACUAGGAGGGACCGUGAACCCUGCGCAUGUGCUGCCUUUGCUCAGCUUUGGGGGAAGAAACAGCAGAAAUGGAGGCAAAUCCUCUGCCGUCAUCUGGAUGUCGGGUUUGCACCGUUGUCUUGCAGCUGGGGAAGGACGAGAACCGGCGUGUUGGUGGGACUGUGUCCCCUUUGCCUUGUCACCUCUGGCAAGUUGCUAAACUGCCUGGCGAGCAGAGCAGCUGCCCUCCCCAAGCCCCCCAGUCCCUGCUGGAGGAGGGGGCUGGUGGCACCCAGCAGUGAUGACUGUCCCCAGCCGACCACCAGCGCCCGGCAGCGAGGACACGGCUCCCCGCUUCCUUCUCGACGUCGGCUGCGGCGAGUGACACCUCUGCCAGCCCACGCCGGGAUGGCCAGUGGCCCCACUUCAACUUCAGGGAAAGGCUCCCGGCCCCCUGUGCACCCCGGUUCCUCCUCAAAACCGGGGCAGGGUCUCCAAGGACAGGCAGUGGUGCGGGGAGGCAGCAUCCAGCACCACCGAGCCUCCUCCCGGGGGGCACCCGCGGUGACCCACUGCUCGGCCGUCCUGCUGGUGGCAAAGCCGACCCCGGGGAACCCCCGUGGUAGCCAAACCUGGCUGUGGCCAGCGAACCGAGCCUGCUGCCGCCGCAGCUCCCGCUUUCCUCUUUUCUUUUUGUUAUCCUUUUGUGUGCGUCCAGAUGGGAAGAUACCAAAAGAUUUCUAGAGACAGAAGGUCCGUAGUUCAGGUGAACAGAUGGUAUUAAUGCCAAAAAAAAAAAAAAAAAAAAAAA